CUUCACUUUUUAUUUAUACAAAAAAAUAUCAUCCUGAUGGACUUUAGCGAAAUUGAAGAACAGGACGGUAUAAGAUUUUCCUUUAAUGCCUGGCCUUCGUCUCGCGUGGAAGCCACUAAAGCUGUUGUUCCUAUUUCUUGUACCUAUACUCCUCUCAAGGAACGUGAAGACUUUUUGAAUAGUCCUAUUUGUUAUGAACCUGUCACUUGUAAGGCUCCUUGUCGUGCUAUUUUGAAUCCUUAUUGUCAAAUUGACGUUCACGGUAAAUUAUGGAUCUGUCCUUUCUGUCUUCAACGUAAUGCAUUUCCUCCUCAAUACAAGGAUAUCAGCAAUCUCAAUCUACCUCCUGAAUUAUUACCGAAAUACACCACUAUUGAAUACAACUUGAAUCGUGUUGCCAACCUUCCUCCCAUCUUUUUGUUUGUUGUUGAUACUUGUUUGGAUGAAGAAGAUCUACAAGCUUUGAAGGAUGCUCUUGUUGUCAGUCUUAGUCUAUUACCAUCAUAUGCUUGGGUUGGUUUGAUUACUUAUGGAACUAUGGCUCAAGUACAUGAAAUUGGAUUUGCUGAAUGUCCCAAAUCAUAUGUUUUCCGUGGCACCAAAGAGUAUACCCCGAAGCAAAUUCAAGAUAUUCUCGGUCUAGCUGGAAAUACUGUUCGACCUGCUGGUCAACCUCCUGCUGGUAUGCAACCUAAUGGUCAAACAUCCAUGGCUGCUAAUAGGUUUUUGAUGCCUGUCAAAGAUUGUGAAUUUGUUUUGACAUCUAUCUUGGAAAGUUUACAACGUGAUCCAUGGCCUGUUGCUACUGAUAAACGUCCGGAACGUUGUACAGGUAUUGCUAUGAGCAUUGCUGUUGGACUUUUGGAGGCUACUUUCCCAAAUACUGGUGCUAGAGUGAUGCUUUUCAGUGGUGGACCAGCUACUGAAGGACCUGGUACUGUGGUUAGUACCGAACUUCGUGAACCCAUUCGAUCUCAUCAUGAUAUUGACAAAGAUGCUGCCAAACAUUACAAGAAGGCUGUCAAGUUUUAUGAAGGACUUGCCAAGCGUGCAUCAACAAAUGGACAUACUAUUGAUAUCUUUGCUGGUUGCCUGGAUCAAAUUGGUUUAUUGGAAAUGAAAUCAAUGGUGAACAGUACUGGUGGUUUUAUGAUUUUGGCGGAUUCCUUCAAUACUGCUAUUUUCAAACAAAGUUUCCAACGUAUAUUCCAAAAGGAUAGUCAAGGCAAUUUACGUAUGGGUUUCAAUGCUACUACAGAUGUGCAGACUAGUCGUGAAAUCAAGGUAUGUGGUAUGAUUGGUCAUGUUAUUUCUAACAAGAAGAAAACCGCUUGUGUUGGUGAAACUGAAAUUGGUAUUGGUAAUACAUCAUCAUGGAAAAUGUGCUCGAUCACUCCAAAUACAACAAAUGCUAUCUACUUUGAAGUGGUCAACCAACCAACAGCACCUUUGCAACCUGGAUCUAGAGGACUUAUUCAAUUUGUCACGCAUUAUCAACAUGCUAGUGGCCAAUUCAAACUUCGUGUCACUACUGUUGCUCGCAAUUUUGCUGAUGGUCAAAGUCCUGAAAUUGCCAAUUCGUUUGAUCAAGAAACUUCUGCGGUUCUCAUGUCUCGUAUUGCUGCAUUCAAGGGUGAAUUGGAUGAUGGUCCUGAUGUUUUGCGCUGGCUUGAUCGAAUGUUGAUUCGUCUUUGUCAACGAUUUGCUGAUUAUCGCAAGGAUGAUCCUCAUAGUUUCCGUUUGACCGAAAAUUUCUCCAUCUAUCCUCAAUUCAUGUUCCAUCUUCGUCGUAGUCAAUUUUUACAAGUCUUCAACAAUUCACCUGAUGAAACAGCCUUUUAUAGACAUAUACUAUUCCGAGAAGAUGUGGACAAUUCUCUGGUGAUGAUUCAACCCACUUUAACAUCAUUUGGUUUCGACGAAGCUCCUCAACCUGUAUUAUUGGAUUCAGUCUCUAUUAAACCUGACAAGAUUCUUCUCCUUGAUACUUUCUUCCAUAUUUUGAUCUUCCAUGGUGAAACAAUUGCAGAAUGGCGUAAAGAAGGUUAUCAAAACCAAGAAGGUUAUGAAAACUUCAAACAGUUAUUGGAAGCUCCUGUCUAUGAUGCUCAAGACUUGUUGAUCGAUCGAUUCCCUGUACCCCGAUACAUUGACUGUGAUCAAGGAGGCUCUCAAGCACGAUUCCUUUUAUCCAAAUUGAAUCCUUCCACUACUCAUGCUUCAAGUAGUCCCUAUGGUGCUCCUACUGGUGCCGCCAUCUUCACAGAUGAUGUUAGUUUACAAGUCUUUAUGGAACAUUUGAAAAAACUUGCUGUUGCUGGCUCUUCCUAAUAUAUAUUAAAUAGAAUAGUUUAUCAUUUUUUAUUUUAUUUUUUUUUUCUUUGCCCUUUUAGGUUCAAAAAUUCCUCCAAUAAAAACUUAUCUGCACUUUUACAUAGAUAAUAAAAAACGGUUUUCAAAAAGUUC